AUGAGUAAAAAACUAAAUAAUUUGAUCAGCCAAAAAAAUCAAGCACAGCUGCAAGAAUUUGUGCGGGAAGCCUCAACUGAGGAGCUCACAAAGAUAAUAUCGAACGAAAUUUGCAAUGCAGAUAUUUCCAAGAUAUUGGAUGAAGUCCUGCAGGUGUGCUCUGAGUCAGAGAGUUUAUAUGCCAAGAGAGUCAAAUUAGUGGAGUCUGCUCUGAAAGCUUUAGGCAAAGCCAAAGUUACAAUUAAUCAUGCAAACGAAAUCGUGAAUCGGAUAGUGUUAGACUUCCCUAAAUAUCCAAAGCUACAUCUGAUCAAAUUGGUUGACUUUUGUCUUACCAGUAUUCGCAAUAAUGACGACGAAUUUAGAAGUUGGAAGGACUUAUUGCCUGUCUUACUGGAAGUGUUGGAGGAAAAAAAAUAUAUUACUUAUAUGAAUGGCGAGGUUACUGGUUCUAAAUACAAAGAUAUAUCUUUGGAAAAGGAGGAUCACGCUAUGGUAAUUACAGUAUUUUGUACAAAACUACAAGAUAUAUCUCUUGAUGAAAUACCUCCUUUUGUCUACCAGUCAUUGAGAUUAUGUACCAAUCAGGAUAAUAAAUAUCUCUUAGAAGCUUUGCGGAAGUAUUUCACACUGCGCUUCUCGCAAACUAAUAGUACUGACACUUUUGAAUCUAUAGAUGUAGUAAAUCCCAAGGAAGUUCGAGACGUUGAAAGUACAGUAUUAUAUCAUAUAUCUCAAUCUGCCGAAUUAAAUCACCAACAUAUAAGAGACUAUAUUAAAUAUUUUAAAAGUAUUUCAAACAUUCCUGAAGCUGUAUUAGAACCUUUUAUGCUUUCUGUACUGCUUACAGUUGCUUCUAUUGAUGAAAAUCAGAUUUUUGAAAUGCUGCGAGCAAUUAUUAACAAGCGAAACGAAAUUGACAGUAAACAGAAACAUAGCGCAUGGUUGAGAAAAUUAAUUCCUGAUUCUUGUAGUAUAAUGAAUGUAAUAGGAAACGUCAUCGAAGCAAGUAACAAGGAUCGUCACUUAGUAUUGAAAGGACUCGUAGAUCUCGCAUUUGUUCUUAUGGCUGUAGAGAAUAAAACAAAAACGGAUAUCCAUCCUUUAUGGCGAAUUGGUACAAAGAUACUUCAAAAGAUCAUGAGGAAGCAUCACGAAACAGUUGCAACCAUAUUUCAAAUGUUGAUUGACAAAAUAAUCGCGAGUAGAUCCUCUAUUUCUCAAUAUACUGAUUGUUUAGCAUAUAUGUGCCGUAAAUUAACGGUUCUAGUGUUAGACCAUCAAGAGUCUAUAAUAAUGCUUUUUGAUCAGAUCUCAUCUAUACCUGGAGAGAUUGCCAUUUUUAUUGUUUCUGCAAUAUUUCCAUUGGUACAAGUCUCAGUCAGUAUAAGAGAGCAUUUGGUCUUGACGUUGAGACAAGCUCUCUAUAGAAAGGGUACUUUUAAUCGACAAAUGGCGGUCAGUGGAAUUUUGGAAAUGUUGAGGAAUCUGAAAAUACACUCUCUGAGCGGCCUCGCGAUGAGUUCGAGUCAAUAUGCCAAUUCGUCAUCGACUGGCACAAGUUCCACAUCCAUUUUGACUCAGGUGACGUUAGAAAGAGGUACUCAAGCAAGAGGACCUACUUCGAGAUAUAAUAGAACUUUAUGUUACGAUGUUUUGGGUAUUUUAAAAAGAUGUUUUACUCAUGAAUGCGAAGUUCGAUUACACUUAUACAAUGGUUUAUAUGAAGCCGUAUUGAAAAAUAUUGAGAUAACAGAAUAUGUAUUAGAGAUGUUAUUACCACACUUCAAAACUUUCUUUGAAACUGACGAGAACGUCGUGGUGCCAGUUAAACUGGAAUUGUGUACAGCUGUACAAGGGGACCAAAUUAUACUGCAGGAACCUUUGGCAGAAUUGGUACUCGUACUGCAAAAGAUUUACAUCAAAUCGGCUCUAAUAAAAUCAUCCUUUGUAAAUGAAUUGGCUAUUAUCUUGGAAUCUCUCUGUAGGCGGAUGCCGCGACUUGAGGUAGAACAUCUAAGUCUGGAUGACAAGCUUGAUUUAAGCAACUCUAGUAUCAAAUCUCAAGAAAAAUUGCAGAGUGUUUUGUUAGCGAUCAAAAUUUAUGAGGCCCUAAUAUCCUUUAGAAUCAGUGCCUGGUCUGUAAACUGUACAGAUACAGCACAAAAUAUUAAAAAUUUGUUCAAAGGAUAUACAAGAUUAGUCGAAUUUACUAAGCACAUACCAAAGGUUAAAAAGGGAGAAGGAAAAAAUAAAAGGACACAAAACGACCCGAAUAAUACAAGUGUAAAGAAAGCUGGCCGACCAGGUAUCAUAAAAUUACCGCCCAGUAUUAUAGAUUUGUUUAUAGUGCACAAAAGUCUGUCACUUUUCUAUUUAAAAUCUAUUCCCUGGGCAUCUAAGGAUCAAGUAAUUGUGUUAAUAGAUAAUCAUGAUUUUUAUCAUUAUAUUUUGCAAACGUUAUUGCAAAUUUUACAAAAUAUUAAACUGUUAACGGAAUACAAUUUGCGGAAGCAUAAAGAACAGUAUAUGAAGACCUACUUUGAAAUUGGAAAAUUAUUAUACUAUCACGUUGUACUGGAUUUAAACAAAAUUCUUGAUACAGACGAACAAGGAACUAUAUUAGCAUUAGAAUGUUUCAAAGAAUUAUGUUAUUUAAUAUGUACCUACUUCUCUUCUGCAUUGUCACAGUUUCUUAAUGUUAUUAUUCCUAAUGAGUCAACUCAAACAGAAAAUCUUAACUUACAAUUGGAGAACAUAAUUGCUGCUGUAUGUACAAGUUUCAGGACAUUCUUUAGCAAGAAAGAGGAACAUGAAGAGAAUUCUAAACAGAUACUUAGCAUAUUAUUGGAUAUUAUAUACCAAUUGAUGCAACAAAUAAAUUUUUAUGAAACAAAUAGCGAUGAAGUAUUUGAAUCGAUGAUGAAAUUCACACAAUUGGAAGAUAUGAAUCCUCAAGUUUCUUUAACUAUUUUCCAAAUUCUGUUAUUGAUAGAAGAACGUCAUAAGGAAUAUGGGGAAUUGUUAAUCGAUAUCUCUGUCGCAUUGUGCGAGAAAAUAGGUACCGUCGACCAGACUGAAGUACUGGAAAAUAAAAAAUUCAAAAUUAUCCAUGAAGAGACAGCGGAUAAACUUUACAAUUUAAUAAAUAACUCUAUAAAAGAGAAAUUGGAUAAUAUUUCCUGGUUAUUAGUGCGUCUUAAGGCCGAGCAAAAUGUUGUUUGUCCGCCUGGCACAGAUCUUGAAGAAUAUCAGGAAAAAGUGAGAACACAAGAACGCAGUUUGUGCAGACAGCUGUCGCACAUUAUACAAAUACUUUAUAUAAUAGCUAACGUCGCUGUCAAACCAGGAUUAUCUACGGAUAUUAUGUUCAAAAAUUUACAAGUUGUGUACAAUCUACUUAGUAAUCUUACAAAAUAUUUCUAUGGAAAAUCCAGUAAACAAAAUGCAGCAUUUCAGUCAGUGAAAUUUAUUCAAGUAAUUCAAUCAGCUGGGAAAUCAUUAAAAUCUGUAUUUUAUAAUUUAAUAACCUAUAUUGAGGAACAUCAAAAUGCAAAAAAAUCGAAGACUGAUUCACUUAUACAAAGAAACAAGAUUUUGAAAGAGACCCGAGUUAUACCCCGUGUGAUAUGUGAAAUAGAACAAUUUCACAAGGAGAUUUUAUCGCUUGAUAAGAAGACCGGUAUUCCACUUGAGAUUUACAUAAAGCAUAGUAUAACGCGCGAUUUUCGUAUAAAAAGCACACAGUUAAUAGAAGCACUGGACAGGCUGAAUAUAAGCAUGCUGGAUACACAGAAUUCUCGCCACAGUAAUGACGCAUCUAAUGCAGAUAUAAAUGACAUGUCUAUCGAAUCACGUAGAGAAACACAAUCUUCAAAACGAUCUAGGAAAAAAGAUGCGUCCUCAAAAUCGCCGGAAUUCCCGCCUUCAAAACGUUCAAGAAGAUCAUCUGAAUCUUAAAACUACAAGUGCCUUGUUUUAAAAUUAUAUAUAACU